ACGAAAAGCACAUGUGACGUAAACACGUGAAAUGGCAGCACCAGCACAGCAGAAAAUGAAGACCAAGGGCACAUUUGACGGAAAACGUGCCAAUAGAAACCAACCCUACAAUCGACCAGGGGGCAAGAAGAAGUGGGUCUCUGAGCACAAAGUAUUCGACGGCAGUAUUGGAGAAGGCCAGGGCUUUGCCUUCAAAAGGAAGGAGAAAGUGAAACAUGAAUACAACAAACUGCUACGGAAGGAGAGGAGGAAGAACACUGAGGUCAAAACCCAAUAUACAGAACAGUACCCCGAACAUCUGAGGCAUCUCUACGAGGCUGAGGCCGAGAAACUGAGGAAUGAGGUUAAGACGAACAGAAUCAACAGAACCAAAGCUAGGAUGGCUGGCGGAGGUGGUCCAGUAGAGGAGGAAGCAGCUCCCAUGGCUGUGAAUGAAGCCCCCACGGACCUAGCUACAGCCAUAGACCCUGCAGAGCACAUCUCCUCUGACAAGACUGACUCUGCCCCACAGCCCACUCCAGCAGUUGCGGCCUCAAAGAAUGACAGUCUACCCAUGAGUAACCGGAGUAAAAAGAAAAUGCUGAGGAAGACUUCCUAUCAGAAAACAAAAGAGGAGUUUGAAAGUGUUAAAGAAAAGCAGAAGAGUAAGAAAGAGGAGUUUUUGAAGAACAAGGAGCAGAAAGAAGAAGCUAUCAAGAAGUACAAACAGAAGAAAAUGGAGACAUUUCAGAUGCUGAGCAAAAAGACGAAGAAGGGGCAGCCCAACCUGAACCUACAGAUGGAAUACCUGCUCCAGAAGAUUCAAGGGACCGGACCGGGAUAAUGACGCAGAAAAAUGGAUGUCGAAGGCUUCAAAUAGCAAAUAUACAGUUGACUCUUACUGUGAUGGUUUUAUAUCAUAGAUGAGUCUUGUUCUUAUUUUGUGAACUGCCACUUUGAAUAGAUUGUAUCAUAAUAGAUUUUCAGACUUUUUAGCGGUUUAUUUACAUUUUGAACCACAAGGUGGCAUUUGUGAGAUGAGUUGUUCUUGUAAAAUAUUUAAGUAUUCCUUUCAAAUAGUAACCAUUUCUAUUAAAUGUUAAUAAAAGGUUGUAAGCGAA